AGUUUUAUAUAUUUUUAUCGGUCUUUGUACAGGAAGACUUACUUCCAACCCUAAUCUUGCGAAUACUGAGAGUCGGAUAGUGCUCGGUACGAAAGAAAGUAGGAGCGGACUCGCUGCAGUCGUAACGAAGAAAACAAUAUACGUAAUAACAACGGUAUACGUUCUAUAUUGAGUAACUAUAGCUUACCUAAAAAUGCUUGUGAAAGUUCAACUUUUCAUCCUCCACACCUUUGUCCAUGUCUUUCUCUAUGUCAUCCCGCGGUGGGUGCAUACGCUGCUGGUGAAGGUGCCCGUGACGGUCUGGGAGUGGCUCACGGGACACCGCCCCUACACCUACAGCCGAUCCAAGGAGCGCCACAUCAAGGUGAUCGCCUCCCAGAAAGACACGGCGACGUCGGACCGGCUGCUCCGGCUUCUUGGCCUGACCUAUGACAUGAUCUACAGCGGUCCGCUCUACAACGGUGACAUUCACACCAUCAUCGGUAACCUGUGGCGGAGUAGCCGUGUCCACUACCUACGGGAGCUGGUGGACGGCUUUGAUGGCAACCCGAUCUGUCUCGACUGGCUGGCCGUUCCGCAGGGCGUUGCAGCGAGGGGUGUCAUUCUCGUUAUCCCAGGUGUGGGCAACUACAGCCAGACGCCGUAUGUGCAGCGGCUGGCGCGGGAUGCGACGUCGCGCGGGUUUCAGCUCUGCGUGCUCAGUCCGCGCGGCAUGGGCUCUGCUCCGUUGACGAAGCCGCGCGUCACGUGCAUCACCUUUACGCAAGACGCGCGGACGGUGCUGCGCGAGCGCUUCGGCCGUGAUCAGAUCCGCGCCCGCUUUGGAAAGGACCUGCCUGUCUUUUUGCUCGGCUUCAGCGCCGGCGGCACGACGGUGGUCAAGGCAAUCGUGGAGGAGUUUGAUGAGUUCAAGAAAGACCCCUCUCGCUACCCGGGGGGAUUUCCGGUGAAGGGCAUGGUCAGCAUGAACGCGCCGUACAACAUGUUCGUGCACCACGAGAUCCUGGAUCGCUGCGCCUUCUACUACCAACAGCCGAUGGUCGUUGCAAUGCAGAAGUACGCCCUGAAGCACGCCGAUCUCAUGAUUCAAGGGUUGCCUGGUCUCCCAUCGUUCAAGGACAGGGAGGAGCUGGAGGAGAAGAUGGCGAAGUUGAAGACCGCCAACGACUUUGUCGAGCACAUUAUAGCUCCUCACUUCGGGUACGAGGAGGGUCCGGCAGAAUACUACAAGGACGCGGCCGGCUUUAAGUGGUUGCAGAAGUCCGACCCGUCGCUCCCCGUUGUCUGCGUGGCGUCUCGCCAUGACCCGAUCACCGGCAUCUCGCACACCGACGAGGAGUGGCAAGCCCUGACGGACCAACACCCCAACGUGGUGUUUGUGGAAACGCCAGUGGGCGGCCACCUCGCCUACCUGCCCAACCCAAUCGACGUGUGGAAAGAGAAGGGCAGCUUUUUGACCGACUUCCCCUUGCACGUCCUCAUGCACGUGGCGGAGAAGACGAGCAAGCCAAAAACUGCCUAA